UAUUGGGCGUGACAGUCAGAUAUUUCAUAAGCUAAAAUAUCUGACUGUCACACCCAAUAAUUUGCGUUGAAGAAAGCGUUGAAGAAAAUUGUUUCUACUUUUCUGGAUUGGUCGAACUUGAAGAUGGAACAGCCGACAGUAUUGUGAAAGCCUCAAAGUUAUUGCUUUCUGGUUUGAAUUUGAAUAUAAAAAAAAUAUUGGCUUUGGUACGGAUAACGCAGCUGUUAUGACAGGAAUGGUGUUCAUCAAUUGCUGAAAACUGAAAUUGGCAAAGAUAACUUAGUAUUACGUUGUGUGUGUCAUUCCUUACAAUUAGCAAUAUCACAUGCCUUCGAACAGACACUACCUAGAAAUAUAGAUUUUUUAAUACGUGAAACUUAUAACUGGUUUAGUCAUUCGUCGAAGCGGCAAAUUUAUUAUAAAGAAUUAUAUAACUAUGAACUUUGUAUCAGAUCCCUUAAGAUCCCUCGAUUAUGCUAUACUAGAUGGAUAUUCAUCGAGCCAGCUGUGUGCCAGCAAAAAUAACGAUGUUGGUAUAACUAAACUUUAUGAUGACCUUAUUGGCUUAACGGAAUCUAUAAGUCGACGGAUUCUGAAUUGUACAGCCAGAGUUGACGUACUGACACAAAAUAUUGCCAGUUACGUAGAUCCGUGGCUGUACAUGGGUUACGCUUUUGAGACAAAGUUAAGAGAAUAUAACCUAGCACGAGAAGUGACGCAACACGUUAAACAGCGAUGUGUAAAUUUGACAAGCCCAAGAACAGUGGGCCUGCCAAUAACUUUAAUGAGGACACGGAAAAGAAAAUACCUGAUUUGGAACGAUAUAAAAAUUAUGAAAUUUCUCAAAAAAGAACCGUAUUUAUUAAACUAUAAAACUUCUUAUUCCCAAGCUGCAUUCCAAACAAUCAAUAUGUGAAACAAAUGUAAAAAAUGGUGCCUUAUGAAGACAUUACUCUUUAAAACUUGUACGAGGAACCUAUCGUACUAUUAUACCUGCGAAGGACAGGCCAUAGCCUUAAAUCGUGGUGCUGCUACA